AUGCAUUUCCUCACAUCCAUCAUCAUCUCCCUCUCAGCCUUGGCAGCAGCGGCCCCGAUGCCGGCUGGAGACGACGGCAUCUUCACCACCCAGGUCAUCCCGACCGAGUGCGCCGACCUCAAGGAUGUCUACAUGGAGUGUGUGGCCAGCCCGACGAAUCCGAAAGAGGGCACCAAGCAAUGCAAUUACACCGAUGCCAACGGCAAGCUCGCCAGCAAGGCAACCGACAUCAAGUGCACGCCUACAGUCAAGGGAACCGGCUCCAAGACGCUCGGAAGCAGCUAA